GAAACCCUCAAGGGUGUGCCACCUUCACAUGGCUGGGCACAGAGCACUGUGGUAAGGGUUUGGGAGCUUAGCCAAGCAGGUGCCUGCUGUGGAAACACAGGUUGGACCUGCCCAGAUUGGAAGGACCUUGUCAGGGAAAGGUGUGUGUGUGUUUAGGCAGGGGUCCCAUGCUUGUCUCGUCUGCUUGGCGAGUCUUGAAUGUGAAAACUGGUUCCAGGUGGUGGAAAUGGAGCAGGGGCCUGAAAGCCUGGGUAGAUGCAAGUUGGGCGGGGCUGGGUCCUGAGCUUUGUCUUUCGGUGUUUGCGGAACCUGGGGUGCAGGUGUGCCAAGUCUGAGGCUCCAGGGUUGUUGCACAGAACAGCUGCCUCCAACUGACUGCCCAGUCCCCCAGAGAAGUGACUGAAAUAGAGGUUGUAGCCUAGGCGCUGCUGCUCCAUCCAGUCCCUCCACAUAGCCUCUCAAGAUGGUCCUGCGGCUCCUGCUCCAUCUCACCUUCCUCGGGCUUGGAACCACUCAGCCUUUGGCUCAGCAGCAGGGCUUUAACGCGCCGGCAUUUGACUGGCCAUCCUUCUCCAACCUCAACUCACCCCAGGAGGUUCCGGAUCCCAUCCAGAUUCCAAACAACGGAAGCAAGCCCCUGGUGGUCGAUGUGCAGGUGUUUGUGUCCAAUGUGUUUAACGUGGACAUCCUUCGGUACACGGUGUCCUCCACAUUGCUGCUUCGGCUGUCCUGGCUGAACACACGCCUGGCCUUGAAUUCAACUGGGCACCAGCAGAACCCAAUCAUGCUGCCCUGGGACGUGCUCUGGAUGCCGAGACUCACUGUUCGGGAGGCCCUCUGGGUGAACUGGCAGGACAAGAAUCCGCAGGCCCGCGUAGACGGGGACGGCCACAUCGAGUUCUACCUGGCCCUCACCACGGAGACCAACUGCGACUUUGAGCUCUUCCACUUCCCUAGGGACCAGAGUGACUGCCACCUCACCUUCUUCGCUUUCAGCAACACCGUGAGGGAGCUGGAGUUCCAGGUCCACGCGGUGAACGAGAUUGUGAGUGUCAAGAGGGAGUUCGUGGUUCAGGAUCUGAAAACCGAAAUCCCAUCCCAGCACCUGGUACCCUGCUUCCAGGUGACGUUGCGCCUGCAGAACACAGCGCUAAAGGCCAUCUUAACGCUCCUGGUCCCUGGGGAGGCGCUGCUGCUGGCUGACCUGUGCGGGGGGCUGCUGCCCCUCCACACUGAGCGCAUCGCCUACAAGGUGACCCUGCUUCUGAGCUACCUCGUCUUCCACUCCUCCCUGAUACAGGCCCUGCCCAGCUCCUCCUCCUGCAACCCCCUGCUAGUUUACUACUUCACCAUCCUGCUGCUGCUGCUCUUUGUCAGCACCACCGAGACUGUGCUGUUGACCGGGCUCCUGGCCCAGGGCAACCUCAGGGCAGAGGACAGCCCCAUUCCAGCGCUGAAUGGGGAGCAGCACAACCGCGGGAAGCCAGGGCCUAACCCUGAAGAAGCCCCUGGAGCACGGAAGGGGUCCCGAAGGAGCUGGGCGGAGGCUGCUGACCACAUCUUCUUCCAUGUGUAUGUGGCAGGGGUGGCGUGUAGCCAGAUCAUCUUCAUUGUGCUCUGGAUGUGGGCGACAUGCAAGUCGGAACCCGCCCCUGGAGCAGCCGCACCCCACGGCGGGCAGCCCAGGCUGUAACGGGCAAGGCCCAGGGCUGCAGACCUGGGGGGCGAGGGCUGUGACGGGGCCUCUGGAGGGGGAGGGAGGUGGACUCUCUUCCCUCAGCCUGGAGGACCCCCGGCCACCCCAAGCUCUCCUUCUUGUUAGCACGUAAGCAAGGAGUGUGGAAUAAACACAUCACCCCAGGGCAAGGGCGCCUCUGGGGUCUGUCUCUGUCA